CAGACUUGGCAACAGCUAACUUUUGAUUAUUUUGUCUCCCUCACCUUUUUUACUGCAUGCACACCGACGCAAGCACACCAUGUGCUUUACCCACUUAAAUGCUACAAAUCACAAAACCAACACACGCUUUCAUGCCAACUGACCAUCAACAGAUUCUAUUAUAAAGAUCUUAUGUUGCGAAAAGCCAGACAGCAGCUGCAUUUCCAGUUUGCAAUGCCGUUCGUCGAGUGGUCAACCCGUUUUACACGCGCCAAUUUCAAGUUCGGUCUACAGGAGCCUUGGUCUGGUGGGCGGAACUACGAGGCGCGUCACACUGCGCGUCCAACGUCGACACGAGCGACAAACUAA